AUGGAGUUUUCCACGAAAUAUACAGAUAAAGAAGCGCAUAAAGAAGGGAUUCAGUGCUGUACAUGGGGUGAAAAUCCAGAUAAAAACAAACAAUAUAUUCUCACUGGCUCCUUAGACAAUAGUCUUAUUGCUUGGGAAUGGACGGGUGAUAGGUUAAAACGCCUGCAUAAUUUUGAAGGGCAUAGACUUGGUAUUGUUUCUGUGGAUAUCAAUGCAAAAGGAACAUUGGCUGCUUCAAGCAGUCUUGACAGUCAAAUAAUAAUAUGGGAUUUAGAAACAGGUAAACAGAAAAAUACUUAUGAAGGCGAUCCAGCGGAUACAUGGUCUGUUGCAUUUUCUCCGGAUUCAAGAUUUUUAGCUACAGGAAGUCAUACAGGUUGUGUUAAUAUGAUCAAUGUAGAAAAUGCAACAAAAGAAAGUUCAAUUCAAUUAGAAGGAAAAUUUGUCUAUUGUCUUGCUUAUAGUGCUGAUGGAUCAAAAUUAGCAGCUGGAACAAUUAAUGGACUUGUCAGUAUAUGUGAAUUACAAACUGGCAGUGUUCGAUUUCUAGACGGACAUGCUACACCUGUACGAUCAGUUUCAUUUUCACCUGAUGGACGUCUACUGGCUUCAGCAUCUGAUGAUAAACAAAUUAAAGUUUUCGAUGUACAUGAUGGCCGACUAGUUGUGCCAAGUUUCAAUGGUCAUAAAGGAUGGGUUGUAUCCGUGGAUUUUGCUCCAGAUAGUAGGCAUUUAGUCACUGCGUCAACUGAUCGUACUGUUCGUAUUUGGGAUACUGUAUCGAAAGAAGAAAAACAGUGUAUUACUGAACACGAAGAUCAGGUGUGGUGCGCUCGCUACAGUCCUAAAGGUAAUAAUAUAAUAUCUGUAGGCGAUGACAGGGCUAUUGUGAUUCAUCAACUGAAAUAAAUGUGAAGCAUUUAUACAUAUAUAUAUUCAAAAUGAAAUAAUGAAAAGAGUCUUAUUUUUCAAAGAGAAAAAUAAAUCAAUUAAAAACAAACGUUUUUGUACUUUCACAUUUUAUCGGGUAUUAUAAUAUUUUUCAUAUAAAUCAUCUAAAUGUAUCCUUUUGUUAUCAGUUAGUGUGCUUUGUAGAACUUGUAUAUCAUAACCCUGGGUUUCUUAUCAGUUAACGUUAAAACUAUAGGAUAUGAUGCAAAUGUCUGGUCAGAUUACAUUGUUAAAUCAAAGUAAAUACAAACAGAAACAUCAACUAGCACAAUUGCAUAAAAAGCAUAAAUACUACUGAU